CUUCAGGUCCCAGAAUUCAUAGUGUAAUGUUACGCAAAGCACGUUCCUACGUCCUUGAUAAGGUUAUGUAAGGAAGGGCACAUCAGAACAACCUGCUAACAUAGGAACGGAGGUAGCCAAAGCCUGAAAAUGUCCACGAUGGCAGCCGCUAGUUGCGAUGGCACCCCAGCCUUGGAAAGUACGGAGGAGAAGAAACCUCUCAAGCCGUGCUGUGCAUGUCCUGAGACCAAGAAAGCCAGGGAUGCUUGCAUUAUAGAGAAAGGCGAAGAAAGCUGCACCGACCUGAUUGAGGCACACAAGGACUGCAUGAGGGCACUUGGAUUUAAGAUCUAAUUUAAUCAUGCGUGGUUUGUGAGAAUGAAAUGCGUGUGUGCUGUGGGUGACUUGUCUUUAAGGAGUGUGGAACCCUAAUCAGAUACUUAUUUAUACCUGUGUUUGAAGGGAAGGCUGUGUGUCACUUGGUUUUUUUUUGUUUUGUUUGUUUUUUUUAAUGGAUUUUUUGUUUUUUCUUAAUUAUUGUGUUCUCACAAUUCCUGGGAAAUUUCUUUACAAAAAUAUAAUGUUUCCUCUGAUUGGAAUGAAUUAAAAUCCUAUGCAAUGUG